GGCUUGGCUUAUCUUCAACCUUCAGAAGACUUCACAGUCGAGAGAAAGCAGCAAUGGCGAGCCUCUCCAUAUCGACCAUCCCCUUUAUUUCUAAAUCGAGCCUCGGGAGGUCUUCUUCAUCCUCUUCUGCCUUCCACGGCGUGAGAAUGGUGCAAUUUUUCCGGUCGCAGUGCCAUGGGAUAUCCACCGCUCGUUCUUCAAAUGCCUCUGCGGUGAUGAUGGCGAAGAGAGAGGAGGAAUUGAAGGAAAUAAGAGAGAAGUCUACUGAAGAUCUGAAUGAGGAAAUCGUAGACCUUAAAGGAGAGCUUUUGAUGCUCCGCCUCCAGCGCUCCGCUCGGAAUGAAUUCAAGUCCAGCGAGUUUCACCGCAUGCGUAAACGGAUUGCUCGGAUGCUGACGGUAAAGAGGGAACGCGAGUUAGAAGAAGGAAUAGGGAAGAGGCAAUCUCGAAAGCUGGACAAAAAAUGGAAGAAGAGCAUCGUUCCAAGACCGCCACCGUCACUAAAGAAAUUACAAGAAGAGGAAGCGGCUGCCGAAGCCAAAGAAGCAGGAAAGUCAACUUGAACCCAACCCCAUUGUUUGGAUGUUUUCUUGUACUGUGUUUUUGUUUGUUUGUUUGUUUGUUUGUUUGUAUCAUUUAAGAAAAUUUGGUGGUCGUUUUUGAUAUGCAUAAUGCAUGUAUGUUUCAUUCCAAUUAUAUCUAGUGCAUUGCUCGACCUACCUGCCA